GGCACGCCCGGGUCAGGGCCUCGGUGGCGGAAGACGAGCGGACCGCGGCAGGUGAGGUCGCUGGGGCCCUUGUUCCCAGCCGUGACAGCGGGGACGGUAGGAAGACAACUGGAGCCGCGGCAUUAGAAGGAGGAGGCCGUUGCCUAGGAUACCCAGCGCCGCCGACUGCUGCAGACUCGAUCAUUUGUAAUGAGCAGAAACUUACUGGCUCAUGGUUCCGAAGGCUGAGACGUUUGAAGUUCAAGGUGCCAGGCUCCAAGGCUGCAUCUUCCAGGCGGGGAGAGCAGAAGAGAACAACCCAGAAGUGCCGAGGUCAAGAUGGGGUCCCAGGUCUCGGUGGAUACAGGAGCGGUGCACGUGGUGAUCGUGGGCGGGGGCUUUGGAGGGAUAGCAGCCGCCAGCCAGUUGCAGACACUCAACAUCCCCUUCAUGCUGGUGGACAUGAAGGACUCCUUCCACCACAAUGUGGCAGCCCUCCGGGCCUCUGUGGAGAGUGGGUUUGCCAAAAAGACAUUCAUUUCUUACUCAGUGACCUUCAAGGACAACUUCCGCCAGGGCAAAGUAAUUGGCAUAGACUUGAAGAACCGGACAGUGUUGCUACAGGGUGGUGAGGCCUUGCCCUUCUCACAUCUUAUCCUGGCCACAGGCAGCACUGGGCCCUUCCCUGGCAAGUUUAAUGAGGUGUCCUGCCAGCAGGCAGCCAUCCAGGCUUACGAGGACAUGGUGAAGCAGAUUCAGCGCUCACAGUUCAUCGUGGUGGUGGGAGGCGGCUCGGCAGGAGUGGAAAUGGCAGCAGAGAUCAAAACCGAAUACCCUGAGAAGGAGGUCACUCUCAUCCACUCCAGAGUACCCCUGGCUGACAAGGAGCUCCUGCCAUGUGUGCGGCAGGAAGUGAAGGAGAUCCUUCUCCGGAAGGGUGUGCAGCUGCUACUGAGUGAGCGGGUGAGCAACCUGGAGGAACUGCCUCUGAAUGAGUACCGGGAGUACAUCAAGGUGGAGACGGACAAGGGCACAGAGGUGGCUACCAACCUGGUGAUCCUGUGCAACGGAAUCAAGAUCAACAGCUCUGCCUACCGUGCUGCAUUCGCAGAGAGUAGACUGGCCAGCAAUGGCGCUCUGAAAGUGAACGAGUUCCUCCAGGUGGAAGGGUACAGCAAUAUUUAUGCCAUUGGUGACUGUGCCGAUAUCAAGGAGCCCAAGAUGGCCUAUCACGCUGGCCUGCAUGCCAACGUUGUCGUGGCCAACAUUGUCAACUCCAUGAAGCAGAGGCCACUCAAAGCCUACAAGCCAGGUGCACUGACAUUCCUCCUGUCCAUGGGCAGAAAUGAUGGCGUGGGUCAGAUCAGUGGCUUCUACGUAGGCCGCCUCAUGGUGCGACUGGCCAAGAGCAGGGACCUUUUCAUCUCCACAAGCUGGAAAACCAUGCGUCAGUCUCCUCCGUGACAGGGAGGCUGCAUGGGAGUCUAGGUACUGCUUGGAGGGGUACCUAGACAGACUGCUUGACAAAGGACACCCUCCUCACAGGUGCCUCGGGCAGAGCUCUUUGUCUAAAUCAUGGUGUCAGUCAUGUUCUGGCUGCUAAUACAACUUGUGUAAAGCCCGAAAUGAGAAACAGAGAGUAAAUGGGGAAGGCAUUAAAAAAGAAAAGAAAAAAAAAAGCUUAGAAGGUUCGUUCUGAGUUUGGGAAGGCCUGCCUGCAGCCGUGCUAGCUGAAGGGCCUUGGGGAAGCAGAGGCAGCUUCCCGUACCGUAGGCUUCUGUCUGUGUGUGCACAUAAAUGCUUAGGGCUUUGGGAGUACUUUACAGCCCUUGUUGGGAAGAGCUGGGCUCCUCUGGCUGGCAUCUUGUCUAUAGGAUAGUAAAGAGAGCCCAUAGCAAGAUGCUAAGGAAGGGGUGCAGGGGUGGGGAGAUGGCCUGCACCUUGAGCCCUGAGCUUCUCCUCAUAUGAGUGGGGAAGCUCGCAUAUCCCACAAUAAGUAGGUUACUAAUAGGAGUCUCAUUUUAUUCUCCCUAACUUAUGCUUAUGGUUAGUGUCUGCACUCUGCUCUUUAUCACCCAUCUUCCUCCUCCUCUCCCUUCUUUCUUCUACCUCACCAACACUCUCUCUCUCUCUCUCUCCUCUUCCUAGACAUUGUCUAUCUACAUUAUUGAGAUUGGCCUUGAACUCCUGAACUCAAGUAAUGCUCCUGCCUCAGCUUUUCUAGUACCUUGGGACGCUCUUUAACCUUCAUGAAUCUUUAUCUCCAUAUUCGAUUGACUGUAGGUCAUAGGUACAUUUACAAAGAGUCAGACAAAAUUCUUUUUUAGUUGCUGGAAUUUCUUCCCAGUGGGGAGAUGUAAGCAACAUUUGCCCCUUCUCCUAAGGUCUCAAUGACAAACUGAGGCAGAGUUCUGUCAACCUACUCCUUGGAACCCAUGAGUUUAUUGGAUUUCCUUACGUAGUAUUGAUGAGGGCUGUGCUUCUCCCACAACCCGCCAAACUGGGAAGCUUUAACCAGCAGGGGUGAGGGCUUCAUUGAUAGCAGGCAGCAGUAUGGAGCGCCUCUCCUAGCCCUCCCUGGCCUGUGUGCCCUAGCCCCUCCUGAGGCUACACGCAGUGCAAUUAAGGCAGAGUUGAUACAAGUGGUAGGCCGCUGCUGGAUACACAGGGGAGGGUCUCCUGGUCCUCCCCACCACCCCACGAGCUGAUAAAAAGUCAACAAGGGCAGUUGGGACAAUCCUUUAAAAAUGGGCAGCAGCUGAAUUCCCCAGAAUGGUGGUUGCUUGGCUGUGAGGACCGUCACUCAGACACCGUUCCAGCAGAGUGAGGUGUACACUCUGCUAGAAUGAGGUUUGCCACCGCUGCAGAAUCCUAGAAUCCUAGGAUGGGGACCUGUGACUGGGGGAGGGUCCUGGCUUCUUGCUCUUCAGAGUUCAGAGGGGCAUCUGUGAAUGAUUCCUAGUGAUUUCGAGGUUACCAACAGGCUGCUGCUGGGGGUUGGAGCCAUGCUGCUGAUUUUCUGCCAGCUCCUGUCACUUGGGCCCUCCCUGGCCAUCAUGUCUGCUAUAGACUGCUAACAUAUAUGAAUGACUUCGCUAUCCAUGUGAGCUUGUCCAGCAGGGAGGAGUCCUUGUGCGUGGCCUAAGCUGAAUGUCUAUGGCAGACGAGACUUCAGUGGAUUCAGACAUGCCUCUCCAAACCCUGCCUCUUUCCGCUUGUUUUUGGCCUUGGCCUCUGGUUAAAGGAAGUUGAGUCCAUGUUAUACCAGCCUCUCUGGUGCUUCCAGCCCAUCCCCAUUUGGGCUGUGGCUAAGAUCUGUUACACAGUUGAGACUUGAGUCUCUCUCCCAGAUACUGAAGAGCCAUCGGCAGCUUUGUCCUGGCUCUGCUGUUGUGGACACGAGCCAGCAGGCUCACCGUCUGUGGGCACAGGAUCAACUAUCUGCAGAAAGCUGCCAUGCUGCUGUCUGACUUUACAGACCAUGGUGAGACUCAUCAGUGACAGGACUUGUGCUGUUUCUUUACAACACUCUGGAAGAAUCUACCUGUGGGACACAGUUUCCCAAGAGGAAGAAAUAUUGCAAUAAAGGGAUAUGUUAUAAGAAA